UACGAAACUAAGUAUCUAAAGCUAACUGCAAAUUUGCGAAGCGACGCACAAUUGCGAAAUUAUUUUAAUUUCACCUUCUGAAAGGAUAAUAUCAAGAUGGCACAGAAUUGCAAACGUCGUAUUUUAGUUGCUGUGGAUGGUAGCAAAGCAGCGGACCAUGCCUUUCAAUGGUAUUUGGAUCACUUGAGGCAGCCAGAUGACUAUGUGUAUGGACUAAUUGUCCCUGUGUACAAAUUCUCAGGAGUUUCAGUAAUUAGCAUGGUUGGCCCCUUAGCUGAUGUGGAUGCAUUGACUAGUGAAUUUAAGAGUCAGCAUGAUAUUGUGGAAAAAGUCAUUGCAGAUUACACUGCUAAGCUUAGAAGUGCAGGGGUUAAAGGUCAGUUUGACGAGUAUUGUGGCGAGUCACCAGAGACCACUAUCCUGACACAGUGCGAGAAGCUGAAUUGUGAUAGUAUCGUAAUGGGUUCACGUGGGUUGAGUGGCUUUAAGAAGUUCCUCCUCGGUUCCUGCAGCAGCUACGUCCUCAAUCACGCUCCGGUUCCGGUCUCUAUCAUUCCUCUCAAGCAAUCAGAUGAGGAACAGCAGAAGAAACAAUAACGUAGUGGUCGUCGCUAAGAGCAAUACACUAAGAAACGAAAUAGAAAUUUAGGAAUAAAUAUUUCAUUUGAUCACUUUCACGUUCUUGUAGACUACAAUGUAUCAAGAUUAUUGAUUUUAUGGCAUGGCUCUGUGGUUAGAAAACUGACUUUUGUAACCAGUCGGCCAGAUAUAAGCUUCUUGAUCAUUGGUUGAAUGAUAAAUUUGAUCUAGGUAACAAACAAUAAGAAUCAAUGACUUUUGGAAUAUUAUUUAAGUCAGUUUUGUCAUCACAGGUCCUAGUCAUCCUGAAUCAAGGUGUAAUGUUUAGUGUUUAAUUAGAAUGUUUAGCACAUAUAGAAUUUCUAAUAUAGAUUUUAUUGUUUAAGAUAACCAUAUUAUACUAUAUCAUCUAAGUUUUAAUGUUUAAUUUAUUUUGAAUUGAUUAUGAAUGUUACGCAAGUUAAGUUUUUUUAUACAAACUUACUGACAAUUAAGAAAAUUUCAUUGUAAAAAAUUGACUAUUUUAUUCGGUAAAAGUGAAUCAUUAAAUUUAGAAGUUUAUUAAAUAAUUGUAAUGGUUAAUGUAGUUUUGUUAAGUUACCACAUCUUCAUCGUUUUCAUUAGUUCAUAAUUUGCCAUAGAAUCUCUGUAGUUUAUGUAGACAGAAACAGUAAUACGUUUCCAUAGAUAUACGUUUCCAUGUGGUUUUUUUUAUAGGUAGAAUUGUGUCACCAUUUUAUGUAUUCUUUGCUUUUGUCAUGGGUCCACGAAAAAUUUCCUCAGCGAUUUAUUUAAGAAAAAUGCUCAUGUAUCACUUUUGUUAUAUUUUUUUGUGCAAUUUUAACAUAAACAUAAACAGAAAACUGGAAAAAAUUCUCCUUUUGUCUGAAUCUCAGUUGAGACAUAAUAAUGUUAACUUUUAUAGCUGGGCUGGAAUUAUACCAGAAAAUAAACUCAAACCAAUUAUGUUUUACCGGUGUACUCCUUUUAUAGCCUAUCUUUAUUUUUUGUAUUCUUUUGUUUACUGUAAUGAUUUAGUAAUUGAAUUUACUGUAUAAACUAUUUUGGAUGUUGCUUUUGAAGUCCCCCACAAUUAGGUUAGAAUAUUAUUAAUAUGAUGUGUCCGUAUUCCAUAAUAUAUGUAAGAAUGUCCUAUUAUGAUGUAUAGGCAGUUAACCAGUACUGAGUUGGCCUUUUCUGGCUCGUAUUGCACACAUAUCAUACUGCCAUCUUAUUGUAAUGGCAAGGGAGGUGAUUCAAAUGAAUGUUGUUUAUUUAAUGCCAGUACUUGUUAACUCCCUUGAAUUUGUAACAGUAUCUAAAACUCGUAACAACUUGAGAAGUUUAAUCAGAUUAUGUAAUUAUUAUGUUAUACGUAAAUUGACAAUUUUAACACUGGCAUUCAGUUGUUUUAUUACAUUAUUUUAUGUUUAUAUCAUAAUUUUAACAUACAACUUAAUCUUUCUGUUCAUUUGUGCCGGGGAGUCUGUUUUUUGUAACAACAGGGUUUUAUUAGCUCACCUGUCACAAAGUGACAGGGUGAGCUUUUGUGAUCGCUUUUCGUCCGGCGUCCGUCGUCCGUCGUCCGUAAACUUUUACUUUAAAUGACAUCUCCUCAUAAACCACAAGGCCAAUUUCAUCCAAACUUCACAGGAAUGUUCCUUUGGUGGUCACCUUUAAAAAUUGUUCAAAGAAUUUAAUUCCAUGCAGAACUCUGGUUGCCAUGGCAACCGAAAGAAAAAACUUUAAAUAUCUUCUUUUAAAAAACCAUAAGAGCUAGAGCUUAGAUAUUUGGCAUGAAACAUCUUCUAGUGAGUGUCUACCAAGUUUGUUCAAAUAAAAGCCCUGGGGUCAAAAUUGGCUCCGCCCCGGGGGGUCAUUGAUUUUCC